AUGUCAGGCUUCGGCGACUUCACCAACAUCUGCCACAUGGCGCCGCUGCCAUUGUGCGCAUCCAUCGGCCCCAUCACGGAGGUGACGAGCGGCGUUGGUAUUGAGCCCGACUGCUAUGCGCGUAACAUCGAGCUGGCAAACACCAUCAUUUUCGAGGGUGCUGCCAGCGCUAUGCACAUUGUGUCUUUGCUCAUGACCGUCGUCAUGAUUUUGCACAUUCGUGGCAAGUUCACUGCUGUCGGCCGCAAGGAAAUCCUCAUGUUCUUCUACAUCUACAUGCUUCUGAGUUUCAUCUCACUUUGCGUCGACGCAGGUGUCGUCCCCCCUGGAUCCGCCCCCUACCCGUACUUCGUGUCAGUCCAAAACGGCUUGUCAUCAGCUUUGAUUACUUGCUUGUUGAUCAACGGCUUUGUCGGCUUCCAGUUGUAUGAGGAUGGCACUUUUCUCUCCGUCUGGCUGCUGCGCGUCUGCUCUCUGGUGGCCUUUGCCAUAUGCUUCCUUGUCUCCCUCGCGACCUUCAAAUCAUGGGCUGGCCUGGGACCCACCAACACCGUCGGCCUGUUUGUCGUCCUGUACUUGCUCAACGCUAUCGAGCUCUUCGUCUACGUUGCCCUGCAAAUCCUCCUUGUCGUCAGGACUCUCCAGGACCGCUGGCCGCUUGGCGACAUUGCCUUUGGCAUCUUCUUCUUCGUCGUUGGCCAAGUGAUCCUGUACGCCGUGAGCACCCAGAUUUGUACCGCCGUCAGCCACUACCUCGACGGUCUGUUCUUCGCCACCAUUUGCAACCUGCUGGGUGUCAUGAUGGUGUACAAGUACUGGGAUUCCAUCACCCGCGAGGAUCUCGAGUUCUCAGUUGGAACUAGGAUGAACAACUGGGAGGUCAAGGAGCUGUUGCCAGAGGAGGAUCGUCGAGCGACUGUUUAUGACAACGACCCCUACAACCACGCCGGUGGCUACGAUCACUCCUACUCCCCCUCUCCAGCACCGGCGCGCUACUCCGCAAGAUACUGA